GGAGGCAUCUGAAGAAGAACAAGAGGAAGGAGAAGGCGACAAGUCAGCGGCGGGUCGUGCUCCGGGGCUCGUCGGCAGACGGGGUCGCCAUGGCCAGCGGGAGAUCGCGCAGUGAGGAUGAAGAGGAGGAGCUGUUCUCCCUGGAUGCUGAAAGCAGAUUGGCUGUGAAAAAGAACUCCAGGAAACUGAUGAAUAAAGUGAAGUGGACUCGGGAAGAGGAUGAAAAGCUUAGAAAGCUGGUAGAAGAACAUGGAACAGAUGCUUGGGGCUUAAUUGCUGUACAUUUUCCAAAAAGAACAGAUGGCCAGUGUCAACACCGUUGGCAGAAGGUGCUCAACCCAGAGCUGGUGAAAGGACCCUGGACAAAGGAGGAGGAUCAGAGGGUCAUUGAACUUGUGCACAAGUAUGGUCCCAAGCGCUGGUCUGUUAUUGCCAAGCACCUCCAAGGCAGGAUUGGGAAGCAGUGCAGGGAGCGAUGGCAUAACCACCUGAAUCCUGAGGUCAAGAAGUCUUCCUGGACUGAAGAGGAAGACCGAAUCAUUUAUGAAGCCCACAGGCGCCUGGGAAACCGCUGGGCUGAAAUCUCCAAGUUACUACCUGGGAGGACAGACAAUUCGAUCAAGAACCAUUGGAACUCUACAAUGAGGAGGAAGGUGGAGGUUGAGGGGUACCUUCAGGAGAAGUCUCCGUCCUACAAGUCAGGCCAGGAAAACAAGAGGAUUUCCCAGCCCUACUGUUCUGUGGGAACUAUGCAAAACCGGAAUCAGUUUGUCACAACUUUCCCAAAUCAGCAGCCAUGUGAUGAUGAUCCUGAUAAAGAACAAAGAAUUAAGGAACUUGAGCUGCUGCUUAUGUCAGCUGAGAAUGAAGUCAGAAGAAAGGGAGCCUCAUGUCAAAGUCAGAUGUACACUGACUGGUCUGGGAGUGACGGUAAUAUGACAAACACUACAGUGAGCAGUGUUGGGGACCAGAGCUUGGAAUUCUGUCCAUCUCGGGAGACUCCCCAGCCAGUAUUGUCCCCUGAAGUGUCUCCCAGCAAGUUCCUCGCAGUGGAAGCAAGUGCUGUUCUUUCAUCCCUGCAGACAAUUCCUGAGUUUGCGGAGACACUGGAGCUCAUAGAAUCGGAUCCCCUGGCUUGGAGUGAAGUUGCUAGUUUCGGCCUCUCUGAAGUGGCCUCGCCAGCGAAGCAAACUCCUGGUCUCUUUCCACACACCCAAGGGGGUGGCCAAGGGGUUGUGGGGUACCAGUUCGAUGGCACAGCAGUUUCUGACAUAAUUAAAAACUGCAGUGGUUCUGUCAAGGGGAGACUCAUCCCUUUAACAUCACCCAUUGUGGCCAAGUACAGCAAGCCCCCCACAAUCCUCCGGAAGAAAAAGAGGGAGAGAGCCGACCAGUCUUCGUCCAGUGAGACCAGUGCUACUUCCUUCCUGGAUACAAGCAGUGCUUCAGUCAAAAACACUCCUAUCAAAGCCCUGCCCUUUUCUCCCUCACAGUUUUUCAACAUUUCGGGCAAUGAAAAUUUGAAUCUUGACAAUCCAGCACUUACUUCUACUCCAGUCUGUGGGCAGAAAUGUUUCAUUACAACUCCCAUUCAGAAGGAUAUGACCCCGAAGCAUCAGAAGGAAAAUGCAGGGUUCAGAACCCCUAAAAUAAGAAAAUCUCUUAUGGGCCCUAGUCCCAGGACCCCAACACCUUUUAAAAAUGCACUGGCUGCCCAAGAGAGGAUGUAUGGACCAUUGAAAAUGGUGCCUUUGCCCUACUUGGAGGAGGACAUUUUGGAGGUGCUGAAAGAGGAGACUGGGACAAUUGCAUCAUUCCAGAGGGACUUGCAACCUGAAUUUGCUGCCUGGAAACACGAGCAUGAUGCCCCAGCCAGAAAAGUCAGAAAAUCCCUCAUCUUGGAUUCCUGUGGAACAGACAGCCUUAAUGUUCAGUUGUUCCCACAAGAGCAAGUUUCUGAUGCACAGCCCCAGAAUGAGAACCUGCUCACCAGUGCUCUUCUGAUGACCCCGUUGCCCAGGAAGGAAGAGAGAAACACUUCCCUGGAAGUGGUCAAAGAACCAGCCCAAUAUUUUAGCCCUUCUUUGACCACAGAUUCAAGAUUAGAAAUUCCCACACAGACAAACAGUGAAUGGGAAGCUGUUGUUUAUGGAAAGACGGAAGACCAGCUGAUAAUGACAGAACAGGCCAGGAAAUAUCUCAGCGCAUACACAACCGUCACUCCAAGAGCCCUUGUGCUCUGAUUUCCAGCUCCACUGGCCAAGUGCAAGAUGACUGGCACCUCUCGACACUACAGUGUGGAUUAGUCAGGAGAGUAGCUUACAUUUACACGAUGAUCUCUAAAUAAGGGAAUGUAAUAUUUUGUAGACAGUUUUACAGCAAGCUAAUGCUCUAAUUAUUUUAGCUGUCAGGUUCAGCCUUGAAAGAACGUGUCUCUAAGGCAGAGUACAUUCAAGCUAGCAGCUGCUAUACAUUUAAAAAAAAUGAUUCCUAUUAAUAUACAUUUUUGUUUUUCUGUCACGGAUGUCUUCAAUAGUAACAAUAUUCCUGUAAAACUAAAAUGACACACAAAUACUGGAUUGGCAAGAAGAAGAGGAACUUAUUGUCCCCUUCUCCAUUUAGGAUAACAAAACCUGCUUGUAGAUAUUAUUUAUUGACUUAAUCUAGGAGGGCAUGUAGAAGUCUUAGUGAGCCUACAGGGUGCUCUUCACAAAAAGAUUAGUGUUGCCACCUUCAAACCUGGCAUAGACAAUGUGUGGUGGCAUUAAUGCUAAUGCAUUUCCAAACAAAUAAGGUCAAAUCCACACCAAAUUUUAACAUAUUACAAUCACCUAGCAUUUAAAAUAUAUAGUCUAAUGAGUUAUUUUAUUAAUAUAUUUUAUAUCCAAUUUGCAUUUAAGUUGUUGAACUUAGGCUCCAUGCCAAGCUACUAGGAGCUGCUUAUGUAUACAGUAUGUAUGCACACAACUCCCUGCUCACAUAACUGCCUGUAUAUAAAAAAGAUAACUAGAUUGAUUGCUACAGUCUUAAGGAAAGGAAAAGCACUGUUAACAUUGCACUACUGGUUUUGGUAUGCUGCCGAAGGAAGAGGAGCUAUUACAAUGUUUAGGAGUAACAGAAAAGCACUUGAAAUGUGGCUGUACAGUAGGUCAGCUGGACAGAAUGAAGUUUGUUCUCCUUCACAGUAUUUCUCUUAGGAGUCUCAUACAGAGACAUUUGUUGAAUGUAUUGUACAGCGUAUAACUGCAGAGAAACGUUGUAAAUUGGAAAGGUACCUUUUUAAUUUAUUUUUUGCUUUAAAGCUUAAAUGUGGGUAUUUAUGUAUGUUGGACAUCUUGAAGUGUUUUUGCUGUUUCCUGUAAAGAAAUACGACCUGUGCUGACAACCUGGUUGUCUUCACUGCAGCAAAACCCUGUAACUUUCCUUUGGUCUAUCAAUUUCUAAACUUAUGAGCUUCUGAUAUUGCACUAUCUGCAAUUAAUCAUGUUUUGUACUAUUUUGCAAAAGAAAUUUGCAAUCCCUUUUUAAAUAAUUUUACAGGAACGCUUGUAAAUGUUUUGGUAAACAAAGUUUGGAUUUUUUGAUUGUGUAGGGCUGUAGGUUCUAUUUAUUAAAUGUUUAAUAAUUA